UACUUCACGCAGUGAUUGAUUUAUUUUAUGUAAUGAGCAGUGAACUUUAGUAAAGACGACAGCUGCUGUAACAUGGACCGAAUCAUUUCCAGGUUCCAUACGUGGUAAUAUUUCUUCAUAUGCAGGUUCCACACGUGGUGGUAAUAUUCCACUUUCAUAACAGGAAUUAUUGAUCAACAAAUUAGACUGUUUAAGAUGACAUUAACACGUUUCAAUUCAGAUAUAGCCUUUUGAAGAAGUUGCUCAACAAAAAUGUAUGUAUGAAUGGAGCUGACUACGGCUAUUGUCAAUGAUUAAAGUGAUAUUGACUAGAAGUAUAAAGAAAUUAUUGUACUUACUUACUUAUUGAUCUAUGAAUAUAGACGUGAUUAUUUUGUUACGGACAUUCUUCUUUAGACACGACUCCAACGAGGACAGAAUAGCAUUAGUGAUGAUGGUUUAAAUGGAACAUAAAUGUCUCUGAACACGUUUGAUUUUCAAGUUAUGGCUUAAUCGCAGUUAUUUUAUCCAAAACACUGUUACGUUACAAUCUUAAUGAUGAAUAUAAUCAGUGAUAAUAAGACUAAGCUUUUAACUGUGGAUACUUCUGAUGAUGAAGACGAUUUAAUUCACGAUGGGAAAAGACGAGGAUCUAAUGUGUCUUUAUCUCGAUUUAGAUCAUGUCCACAAUUACUUGAUGAAGUCGAAAAUCAACAAAGGAGUCAGCGGUUUGAACAAACAACUGAUGACAGUUGUACACAUAUACUGAAACAAUUAUCGCCAUUUUCGCCAAUCGGGGAUACCAAAUUUUUUGAACAGAAUGGGCGCGUUGGAUCAGAAACGCCAACUCCGCCAUCUUCUCCUAAAAGCCGAAAAAGUUUGCUCUCUUUAAGGGAGUCACAAUCAACGGGUGCUAAUCAGUCGCCUACUUCGACACCAAGAUUGUUACGGAGAAGCUACAUACAACGGUCAUCGUUAAGUAGAGGGUCAUCCGCUGAUAGUCCAAGUGGGAGCCGGACAAAUUCAAUCAGCUUGACCGAAGAAAAUAUACGCCACCAUGAAGUAAAUGCGGAUUUAUCUCAAAUGAUUAUUGCUCAUCCAGAUAAAAAGAUCGACCCAAAAACAUUAAUCAAACAUAAACAUAUCCAUGGACAUUCGGACGAAACUCAGAUAAAAUGUGAACAAUGGCUACAAACUUUGAAUGUUUCAAAACCGGAAAAAAUUAAAUCAAGAAGCCAUAUACAGCUGCCACCUAUUUAGGAAUAUUUUUACGAUUUAAACUGGCUUAUGUACUGUCUAUAAAAGACCUAUACUAUUAUCUUCUCUUUCAAAUGAUUUAUCAUAUUUUGUACAGAAUAAGCAAACAAAUCGUGGAGGCAAGUAUAUAAACAGAUCAUUAUUUCAUUGAUUUAUUUAUAGUUAUUUUUUGGUCUGAGACAAUUUAUGAAAGAACAUAUAAAUUAGUAUUUUAUUUCUUAAAGCUGUGCUAUUACAAAGUGUGCCUUUAAAUAUGAAAUAAUCUUGAGGCCGGCCUCUGUGUAUUUUUUCGAAGCUAUUGUUUUACUGUUGAUGGUAUAUUUACCACUAGAUGUUAAACAAAUAACAAUCAAUCAAAGUAUUGUUGUCCCUGGUUAUAUGUAUAAUCUUGUUAUAAUACCUGAUCGUUGUACUUUAACUGGUGAAGCGAUACCUGGGGCAUCGUUGACCUCGUUGGCCGUUUUUGUUUUUAUGCUCUCAAAUAUAAUAUAUUUUGCCUACAAUUGCACGUCAAGUAAAAUUUGUGGGAAACAUCGUACAGUUAUUCUUUUUUUUUAAAUAUAAGCCGACGGUUUUGGAACCACUUUUUAUGGACAUACUUCAUGUAUGUUUUGAAAAAUAGAUUAAUCAAUUUCAAAAUGCAUAAAGGAAGUGAGCUCGUAUUACUGUGCUUAUUCAAAAGGCUUAGUCCUUUCACAAUUCCAAUUAGCAAAAAUGUUUUUCAAAGUUGCAGUUUGAAUUUAUCCCUUCAAAUAGUCAAAUUGUAUCCCAUCGAUAUUCUAAAGUUGUUAUUAUAAAAUAAAAAAGAGGUGGAAGAUAUCAAGAGGACAUUUAAAACUGAUAAGACGAUAACACAAACCCCACCAAAAUCCGAGAAUGAACGCUGGUGCUCCGGAAGGGUAAGCGGUCCAUGCUUCACAUUUGGGAGUGUUUUUGGGGUUAAAUCAGUUGCAACUAUAUUAUUUUACAAAAAGUGAUUAGGGUCAAUAGUUUAAAAUAGUUGAACUUAAUAUUUAUAUCAUAAUAACGUUUUAUAAGUAAUUAUUAUAUUUAGCAUACAAAUAUCUUUAUGUUUCUAACGGACAGAAAUUUUGUACUUUUAAUUUGAAUAUUUUCCCCAUUGUAAUUACGGAAGUACUUAUAUUAAAGGGAGGUGAUUGUAUAACAAAAUCAGUGAUUUGUAAUUUUAAGCACAACUAUGAUUAUCUCCCUUUCUUAUCAUGUUUUACAUAUUUUACAAAAUUUCACUUAUCGAACAAAUAAAUUUCAGGUUUCAUUUCAAAACACAUAACAAUAUUUAAAAAAAAACUAUUGAAAAAAAUGUCUAAUCAACUGCCAUUAUGAUGGAAGUUUCCAUAUUCAAGUCAUACUUGUUUUUAGUAAAUUUCUGAUCUAAAUAAGAAAGCGUUCAAUCCUUUCAACUUUCUAAGCCGACCGUGCGAGGGCUUAUAGCCAGUCAAGAUCGUUUACCCCCCCCCCCCCUCCUAAGUAAGCAACUUUCUAAAAAAAAUACGGCAAUCACUGGAGAUAAACGAUGAAAAUACUUCUUAUCGCUGUGCUCAUUCUUCGUACUGAUGAAGCUAAAUUUAUAAAAGCGCGUCAGAAGCACCAGAUUUAUAAUGUGUUAUUUUCAAAUUACAGAAAGUAGAUCAGUUGGAAGAGUUGAGUGUAAACUUCAACUUUGGCGAAUUGAUCAUAUGAAAGGAGUUAUCCUUUCGAAUUAGCACAGAAAAAAACCCUUACAAAACAUACACAAAUAUUUUUCUUGAAAAACUAGCAGGGUAGCCACUUUUUUGCCAUUUUUUUCUCUCAAAAAUAUCAAUUAGCUCUCAGACAAGAUAUCUCAAAUCAUAACGAUUGGACUACAAUAUGAAACUCUCCCGACUCCCCAUAAUUACAUUUAAUGUAUGCCUCUAAUGUAUAUUGUUCACCAAAACUAAAUGGAAUGUGUAUAAACUGUAUAAAACAAAUAAAUGGAAAAUAAUCAUGUA